GCAGAGUAAAUUAUUUCUAUUCUAUAGCGAGCAUCUUUAGUGAGGGACCAUCAAAAUAAACACUCGUCACUGGGCUGGCGGGCCCUGCGGUGCUUCUCUUUGCUCAUCGUUGUGAGAUUAAACAAUAAUGGCAUCUUCAAGUACGGGUGAAGGCAGCAGCACCAGCAUGUGCCAGUCCCAGAUUGCUCAACGCACAUGGGAAAUGGCCAACAAUAUGGAGUCUGUUAAUGCUGCUGAUGAAAUAUACCAGUAUGAUCGCAAACAACAACAGGACAUUCUCCAAGCUAAACCCUGGGAAAAAGACCCACAUUUCUUCAAGCAGAUCAAGAUUUCUGCUUUGGCUUUGUUGAAGAUGGUGAUGCAUGCUCGAUCAGGAGGCACUCUUGAGGUGAUGGGUCUGAUGUUAGGCAAGGUAGAUGGCCCAACUAUGAUUGUAAUGGAUUCCUUUGCCCUGCCUGUGGAAGGCACUGAGACAAGAGUCAAUGCUCAGGCACAAGCUUAUGAGUAUAUGACAGCUUAUGUGGAAGCUGCUAAGCAGGUUGGUCGUCAGGAAAAUGUGAUUGGUUGGUACCACAGCCAUCCAGGCUAUGGCUGCUGGUUAUCCGGCAUUGAUGUAUCCACCCAAAUGCUGAAUCAGAAUUAUCAAGAGCCAUUUGUAGCUAUUGUUAUUGAUCCAAUUCGAACCAUCAGCUCUGGUAAAGUCAAUAUUGGAGCUUUCAGGACUUACCCUAAGGGUUACAAGCCACCAGAUGAGGGACCUUCUGAGUACCAAACUAUUCCCUUAAAUAAGAUUGAGGACUUUGGUGUCCAUUGUAAGCAGUAUUACUCUCUAGACAUUUCGUACUUCAAGUCAUCCCUCGACAAGAAACUUCUAGAUUCACUGUGGAAUAAGUACUGGGUUAAUACUCUCAGCUCAUCAUCACUUAUUACAAAUGCAGAAUAUAUGACUCGUCAGAUCUUUGAUUUAAGUGACAAAUUGGAAAAUUCUGAAACUGCCCUUGGGCGUGCUGGACUGUUUGGAUUAGACCCUCAGGAAAAGAAAACCGAAGACAAAUUGAGUCGAGUGACACGAGACUCUUGCAAAACUACCAUGGAAGCUCUACAUGGUCUUAUGGCUCAAGUUGUGAAAGAUCGACUAUUUAACCAAAUACCACAGACACAAUCUCAGGCUCAAGAAUCUGCUCAGUCAUCUGCACAGGCUUAGGAAAUAUCUGUUCUAAUUCUUUCAUUAGGACUGCUGGAUUAUGAUAAUACUAUAACAAUGUAAUUAGACAUAUAUGUGGCAUUUUCAUAUAUAUAUGUGUGUAAUAAAAAUGUUCAACCUUUCUUAAUUGUAUUUAUUAAUUAGACUUCACUUGUCACUUUAUUAUUUUUAUUUGUAAUAUGUCAAUUUUGUUUUAAGGAAUAAACUUUACCAGAAAA